UUACUGCGUAUUAUCAUUAAAAGUAGUUAAAUUUAAUAUGCCUAAAAGAAAACGUGACAAGUGUGAUGAAAGUGAAUAUGAGUAUUUAAGUAAAAAACUGAAGAAAUUACAAAAGCGAAUUAGUCAUUGUCGUCGCAGAAGUUAUACAUCAUCGGAUAGUGAUAAUUAUAUGCCUCGUAAACAACAAGAGAGCAACUUAUGCACUUCCGUUGAAAAUAAUAUACCCGGAUGCUCAUACUGGAGCGAUGCCUACCACUCUGAUGUAUCAGAGGUAGUGGAGCAGGCCAACCUGGAAGCUCUGCCGCGUGCAGCACCCACACCCGAGGCUAACGCUAUUACGCCACUCGAUGUCACCACCGGCGUCGCACCGCACAGUAGCACUCCGCCACCAGCUCCUUUUACUCCGCCGUCAUCCCCCGCUAUUGUUACAUCACCAGCAUUUAUUCCUACUGCUGUUACUCUCUCGCAAGUGCCAGUAGAAGAAAUAUCAGUCACAGAACAGAUUUCUGAGUUGGAUUCGUCCCUGAUGGAAAUUUUAGGCAAAGAUCCAAGCUGCAUUGAAGAAUAUGGUGACAAUAUUCAAAAAGAUCUAGCAAUUAGAUUAAAUCAUAUUGCAACCGUUGGCCUUUCUAAAGAAAUACGUAAGGAACUAAAAGAUAAAUAUCUAGUUCCCGCUAAUUGCAAAUUAAUUAAAGGACCGACUUUAAAUCCAGAAAUCAGGGCUUCCUUAAUAGAAAGUCAGGCCAAAAGGGAUAAAGGCAUAGAAUAUAAGCAGGAGCUGACAUCGUGUGCUUUGGCAUCGCUCGGCGCAGCAAUUACACUGCUUCUCUCAUCGGAUAGUAAAAAUCCUGAAUUGCUGAAAUUACUGAUAGAUACGGCUCGCACAUUAGGUGAUAUACAACACACUGACUCAAUCUCUCGACGAUUUUUCAUUCUAUCAACCGUCAAAAAGGAUCUUAAGGAUCAGCUAGAAAAAACCAAAAUAGAUGAGAUGCUCUUUGGUAGUAAUUUGCAAGAAGUAUUAAAAUCGGCGAAGAUAAUCAAUAAGUCAGGAGCCGAUAUUAGAGCAGCUUCAAUACUGAAGUCUACAGUCCAAAGGCCAGGGAAAGCGGCGAACAAGCAUUUAAACUUCAGGCCUCCCCCCGUGUCGCGCAGAGCUCCGCCGGGGGGCACGAGGGGUGCGCGCGCGACAUACUCAGCUCCGAUUCCGAGGCAAACGACGACGGCGACGCAGCACAGCGCCACCAAGCCAUCGUCGCGGCAGCCGCCGCCACGCUACAGGCGGUAGACUCGCAAUCGCGCGGUUCACCAUCGAAUUACACUGAUUGCCGGGAUGUUGUCCGGAGAUCACUAUUCCGAAGAGGAAUUCACCCGCAAUCAAUCCCCAUAAUGCUCGCGUCCCUAUCACAAAGCACGGUGAAACAAUAUGACACGUGUCUCAGGAAAUGGUUUUUAUACUGCCAAGAGAACUCCAUCGACCCUUAUGAUGCCUCUACAAAUAAUAUCCUUGGUUUCCUAACGCAUCUUUAUAACACCGGUGCUCAGUAUGGCACGCUUAACAGCUGCCGAUCUGCCCUCUCGUUAUUAAUAGGUCAAGAUAUAAUAAACAAUAGUUUUAUAAAAAGAUAUUUCAAGGGAGUUUUUAGGUUGCGACCCACGUUACCAAAAUACAAUUUAACUUGGGAUACAGAUCAGGUUUUAAAUUAUUUAUCGAAAUGGUUCCCCAAUGAUGAUUUAAAUCUAGAAAAUCAUAGCAAAAAGUUAGUGACUCUAAUAGCACUGAUAACAGCUCAUAGGGUUCAGACAAUAUCCAAAAUUAAUAUUAAUAAUAUUAAUAUAUCUGAAUUCGGAAUUUGUAUUAAAAUUCCUGACCUGAUUAAAACCUCUCGUGUGGGUACGAUGCAACCAGUACUUUCGUUACCUUUUUUCUCACAAAGGCCUGAAAUAUGUCCUGCAAGUGCCCUACGUACAUAUCUUGAUAAGACCAAGAGCCUACGUGAGGGCCAACAACUAUUGUUUAUUUCAUACAGAAGACCGCAUCGGGAAGUAGGUUCACAGACGUUAAGCAGAUGGGUAAAGAGUGCGUUAGAAAGCAGUGGCAUUGACACUUCGGUAUUUACCGCCCACAGUACCAGACACGCGGCCACCUCUAAGGCAUACAGGUCAGGAGUUAGUCUGGAUGUUAUAAGACGGACUGCGGGUUGGACUCCCAAUUCGGUUAUUUUCGCUAAACACUAUAAUAGAUUGAUUACAAGUAAUGUAGUUAUAGAUGGCGAUUUCGCUAGAAAUGUUUUGAAUACAGGUCAAUAAUUAUUAUUCUAAAAAAAAAAAAAAUAGCUUUCUGUGUGAUUGAUUUUAUAUAAUAUCUAAUGAACGCCAAGUAUUUGGUUUCCUAAUAAAUAAGAUAAAAAUUAUUUUGUUUAAGUUCUAAAUAAGUAAUAGCAAUUCAUAAAUAAUUGAAUAAAUCAUGUUCGUUAGAUUUACUUUGAUUUUUUUUAUUACUGUCCAUC